UUCAAACAAACCUUCGAUGCGAAUGAAACGACAUAAUAAUCCGAGCGGAAGCCUCAGGAAUCUUUAGUUCCAUCUCGACCCAGUAGGUCAACCACAGCCAUGUCGUUCUCCGCCCUCCCCUUCGAGCUGCGCAUGCAGAUUUGGGAACUGACAGUCGUCCCUCGUCUUCUCCAUCUCAAACUGAAGCAAUUCCUCUGCGACUGCAAGGCACACGGGAGCAAAGAGCAUGAAAACCGAGUAUGGAUUACUUGCAUAACGACAUCGGCUCCUGCGCCCCCAGCGCUGCAAGUGUGCCAUGAAUCACGCACCCAUCUCAGCCGUCCCAGGCUGUAUCAGCGGAGUCUCAUCCCCUACAAUAGAAAACAUGUCUUGGGCCGGUAUACCUGGGUCAAUUUCAACCUCGACAUGCUCUCUAUCGGUACGUGCCAGCUCCUAAUGCUGAAAUCAUAUUCGCCACUGGUGCAGCGGCUGCGCUUCGAGAGGGAAAUCGGAGAGUGGUUCUUACAUUUUGGGGGUCACAAUCUUGGCAAGUUUCCAAAUAUCAAAGAAAUACAGGUCGUCGGCAGGCACAAUCUGCUGGCAUGGAAAGACAGUUGGGAGGGCUUGGAUUGGGUGUGCCCGCGCGACAAGGUGUCAUUCGUCGAUCCGAGGAACGGCAUGGUCAUGAGCGGGAGGCAGUAUGAUGAGUGGAGGUAUUGGGUGGAAUAUCAGGCGGCCGAUUGCGACUCCCCCGACGGUCCCUGGCAGCGAGGCAACCAGGAAUACUGGGUUCAGGAGGGCUGGAUAAUAGACACAGAGCAUUGGUAGGACAGUGAAGCGUGGGAAUUCGAGUAUUCGAUCCCGGACACUAUCAGAUUAGCUCCACAAUACCCGGCGCCGGCUGGCCCCGUGCGACGGAUAUCCCGCCUCGGAUGAGACCCACAUCCCCGAAGCUGUGGAUGACUUUAUUCCGUUUGGUCCAAAUGGAAGGAUGUGUUGCAGGCACAUGUAGCUACAGAAAAUGAGCCGAGUCAAUGACAAUCCUGCGAGGUCAUUCUGGAAUGUUGCAGACGGGUGGCGUGAAGUAUCUGCCCCCACGUAGCCAGUAUGUCGCUU